CGGAUGGGUCUGUCUCAUAUCAAAGCAAAACGAGUCCUUCCUCACUUGAGACGGAUAGGUCCACGCACUAGCCAGGGCUAGGUCAUGUAAGAUCAGGGAGGCCUUCCUGCUCCUCAGUAAGACCUGGCUCACCAGGCCGGGCGGCCCCACCCGCCGCCCCUGGUGCCGCAGCGGCUGGAGGUGCCAUGGCCCCGCCCACCGCCUGGCUCCUGAGCUCGACGGCCAUCCUGGCCAGCUCUAUGGGGAGAAAUGUCCAUGUCUGCUUGGACAUGACGGCUUUGAAUGCAUCGGCGUCCCCCUGCUGGUAGGCAUCGAUGGCCUGUGUGGCCAGCUCAUACUCCUUGGUCGCCAGGAAGUUGCCCUCGCCCUGGUCCACAGCGGCACUGACGGCACGGUCGGCACGCACGGGGUCGUCCUGCUGCAGAUACACCACCACCUGACCCAGCACCUCCUUGGCCAGCAGGGAUGUCUGCUGCAGCUUCACCAGACACGCCUUGUGCUGCUCGAUGGCGGCCACCAGCUUGUCGUAUCGGCGUUGUUUGGCCAGGAAGUUGAUGUAGAGCUUGAAGACGUCGGUGGCCAUGUAGGGCUUGUCCUGGUCGUCAUAGAGCUCCAGGCACUCGUCAUAGGCCCUCUCGACGGCAUUGGCGUCAUGCAGGUCCGACUCGUACAGCCCGGCCAUCUUCUGCAGCAGCCGACAGGCAACGUCCAUCUUGCCCGACAGCUUGAAGCGGUCCACCGCCUUGCUCAUGAGCUCCAGUGCCCUCCGGCUGUCCUUCUGCUCACGAUGCACCAGAGUGGCCGCCGCCUCAUAGGCCCGUGCAGCAGCAAAGAUGUCACGGUGCUUCUCUCGUGUGUCUGCGGCCUGCAGCCACGCAUCAAUGGCACUGAGGAAGGACCCGCCGGCCUCGAAGCAGGUGGCCGCCUGGGACAGCUCCAUGCCGGCUGCCAGGUAGUCGGGCGUGAACUUGAGAACCAGCGGGUUGGUCUUGAGGUACUUCUGGGCCUUCCGCAGGUGCUCCUCCCCCUCUGUCAGCUUCUUGCUGCCGCCAAACAUCUCCAAAUGCCACUUGGGGAACCUCAU